AUGGCUAAUUCCAAAUAUGAGUACGUCCGAUUAUUCGAGCAGUCGGAUACACUGCUGCCAAACACAUGGAUUGUCGUCCGCAUCGACGGUCGGGGCUUUACCAAGCUGUGCGCCAAGUUUGGCUUCGAGAAGCCGAAUGACAAGCGUGCUCUUGACCUCAUGAACGCUGCUGCGAAGGCUGUGAUGAGCGACCUUCCCGACAUCUCACUUGCCUACGGUGUCAGCGACGAGUACAGCUUUGUUUUCCACAAAGCAUGUCAGCUUUUCGAACGGCGUAGCAGCAAGCUAGUGUCGACAGUGGUUUCGACGUUUACGGCAUUUUAUGUGCACCUGUGGCCAACCUUCUUCCCGGAGACGCCACUGACAUCGUCACCUAUGCCGACGUUUGACGGUCGUGCAGUCUGCUACCCAAGCCAUAUCAACAAUCUGUACAACACAACGUUCUGGGCAUUGGUACAAAAGGGCGGCAUGGACAGCGUCGCAGCAACUGAUCUGCUGAAGGGCACUUUCUCGGCAGACAAAAAUGAGAUGCUGUUUUCGAAGUUCCACAUGAACUACAACAACGAGCCUGAUAUGUUCAAAAAGGGCAGCGUUGUGUUCCGAGACUAUGAGCUCGUCGACCCAAAAGGCUACAACGCGGCUGAAGUAGCUGAUAGCCAGGCUGAGCCACCAACGCUCUCCAAGUCCAAGGAGGAGAGCGACAAGAAACGGCGUGCCAAAGCUCGGAUCACGGCGGAGCACUUAGACAUUAUCAAAGACGACUUUUGGGACCGCCGGCCAUGGCUACUUACAGGGCAGCCAGGUACCCUCCCAAAGCAGCUCUGA